AUGGCCGAGUGGAAAGGCGAAGCGAUCUGUGGAGUCGACGGAGGUCAGCUGACGGAACUAUACUUGAGGAAGGGCAAGACUCUAGAUCCCGAGAUCCUCGAAGAGAAUUGCAUUGGGAUUGGCAUGGAUGUUUCUUCUUUGGUGUUCUAUCACUGCGAUCUAGGGCCAGGAAAUAUUCUUGUUGAGCCUGAUAAUAACCGAGGGAUAGGAAUUAUCGACUGGGAGACUGCCGGGUACGUCCCGAGAGAGUGGGUUAGGACAAAGUUUCAUCUCUCUUCGGGGAUGGAUUUCCCUGAUGUGGAGGAUGUGCACAAGUCGGACUGGCGACGUCUUGUUUCUAGGAAACUGGCUGCGAUGGGGUUUAAAGAGGUGAUUGAUGGGUGGCUAGCCUUUCCAAGCACAUAG